GGAAGGGCGAUUAUAGUAAAGGAAAGGCAAGAAGAGAGAGAGAGCGAGAGAGAGAGAUAAAUGAGUGUAAGUACUGAAGGAUGGACGGUGGUUCUCCCAUUUCCGACAGCCUCCCUCUGAAAGCAGCGCCACCACCAUUGAUGAUUCUUGCCUACCUCAGGGUCGCAGGCCAUGACCAAGGUCGCCCCAAGUCCUGGCCUUCCAUCUCGGAGGUGGUCGAGGAGAUGAAGGAGAUGUGCAAGAUUGGAGGGCCUAUGCUGGUAGUGGGUCUCAUCUUCUACGGCAGAGCGGCCGUUUCCAUGCUGUUCUUGGGCAGAUUGGGGAAGCACGAAUUGGCGGGUGGGUCUCUGUCCAUUGGCUUCGCCAACAUCACCGGCUACUCCAUCCUUUCCGGCCUGGCCCUCGGCAUGGAGCCCAUCUCCUCACAGGCCUUCGGCGCCAAGAGGUAUUCCCUCAUGUGCCUCACCCUCCAACGCACCAUCCUCAUCCUCCUCGUCGCCUGCCUCCCCAUCUCCCUCCUCUGGCUCAAGAUGAAGCCCAUCCUCCUGCUGUGCGGCCAGGACCCAAUCAUCACAUCCGUCGCCUCUACCUACCUCGCCUUUUCCCUUCCCGACCUCUUCUUUCAGGCCGUUCUACACCCACUCCGAAUCUAUCUCAGGACGCAGGGCAUCACCCGGCCCCUGACCCUCACCGCCGCCCUGGCUCUGGUCCUCCACAUCCCCAUCAACCUCUGGCUCGUCCUGUACAUGGGUCUCGGGGUUAGAGGGGUAGCCCUAUCAAUGGUGGUCACAGACUUCAACUUGGUGGCCUCCCUUUUGGUCUACCUGUGGUUCUGUGGGGUCUGUGGCAAGGGGUCGUGGGAGGGUUGGUCCCUGGAGUGCCUCAGGGAGUGGCGGCCCUUGCUAAGUUUAGCCAUACCAAGUUGCGCGUCGGUUUGCUUGGAGUGGUGGUGGUAUGAGCUCAUGAUAAUCUUCUCGGGCCUACUCUCCAACGCCAGCGACGCCGUGGCCACAAUGGGCAUCCUCCUACAGACCACCUCCCUUGUCUACAUCUUCCCUUCGUCUCUAAGCUUGGCCGUCUCUACCAGAAUUGGCAACGAGUUGGGGGCCAACAGGCCUAAUAGGGCCAAGGUGGCCAUGUUCGUGGCCGUCUGCUGCGCCUUCAUGACUGGCAUCAUGGCCUUGACCUUCACCACGACGCUGAGGAACGUGUGGGGCUGGGUGUUCACUAGCGACAGGGGCAUUGUGGCCUUGACGGCUAGGGCCAUGCCCCUGGUUGGCCUCUGUGAGCUGGGCAACUGCCCUCAGACCACUGGCUGCGGGGUUCUCAGAGGCAGCGCCAGGCCUUCCCUUGGUGCCCAUAUCAACCUUGGCUCCUUCUACGUCAUCGGCAUGCCUGUGGCCCUGCUUAUGGGGUUCGUGGCCAACUUGGGGUUCCUGGGACUGUGGCUGGGCUUGUUGGCUGCUCAAGGAUCCUGUGCCCUGCUCAUGAUGUGCGCCUUGGCCAAGACUGACUGGGCUCUUCAGGCGAGCAGGGCUCGGGAGCUGACUGGUGGAGCCGUCGAUUGCAAACCGGUCAGGAAGGUGGUCAGCGAAACCACCAAGAUGAGUGGAUCCAAUUCCUACAAGGUUGAAGUUGCCGAGAUGCUUGAGAGGGCGCCUCUCAUUUCCAUCAAAGUGGUGCAGCCAAACGAUUAAGGGAAAUGAAAGGGCAAGGAAUCCCCCGAGACUUUUGUGCCGAAACCCCUUCGUUGGUUUUGGCUCUCCUCAAAGAACCAGAGAGCUGAUGCUGGGAGGCCGCGGACUGUCAUUAUUCGUGACAGCAGCUGACCGGCGGAGAGGAGGUUUUUAAUUUUCUUCUUUACUUUUCCUUUCCUUCUAUAUGGAAAAGAGCUUUCUUUUUCGUCGAUUGUGCAAAUAUUCAAAGGCUACCUGUAAUUCAUUUAUGAAGAUUUCUUCUUGUGAAUGUAAAAUCUCUGAGCUUGAAUUCACAGCUGCAUUCAACAACUGUUCAGAUUUC